UCCGCUCAGGUGACUCCCGUUUCCACUGGAGAGUCGGCUUGGGCUUUAGUCGCUGUUAGCAAGUGGCCAACGGUUCGAGUUAACGCACAGCGAACGGACGUUUCUCCACCUGAAAGCCCGUUUGUACGUUCAGUCAGAUCCGAGUGUACACUUUAUUGAACCUUUGGGGAUUGUUGUUGUUAAUCACCAUGAAGAAGAUAAAAAGGCCCACAUCCUGACGUCCACUGUGGGGUCAGUGACGGACAGUCGCCGCGUCGGUGACUGACAUGGAUGCAAGUGACAUUAAGGAUGUGAAACUUUCCGCCGAAGUGGAACCGUUCAUCCCCCAGAGGAAAGGUCUCGAAGGAUCCCUGAUCAGCAUGAGUUUGUCUGGAGAGCUGGGAGGAGGAGGCGGCGGAGGCAUAGGAGGGGCCAGCGGAGGGGUGGAAACUACUCCUAUACCAAGUUACCUCAUCACCUGCUACCCUUUUGUUCAGGAGAACCAACCCAACAGGCAGCAUCAGCCACUGUACAAUGGAGGGGACCUGCGCUGGCAUCAGCCUAACCCCGGCCCCGGUGGUCCUUACCUAGCAUACCCAAUCAUGUCUUCCCCUCAGCCACCUAUGUCCAAUGACUAUGCCUACUACCAGAUAAUGCCUGCCCCGUGCCCCCCUAUGAUGGGCUUCUACCAGCCAUUUCCUGGCACUUAUGCUGGGCCAGUGCAGCCUGGGGUUGUUAAUCCAGUCUCUGCAGAUGUUGGCGAAAGGCCUCUGCCUCUUGGGACGGCAUACGGGAUAGCGAAUCACAGAGGGAGAGGCAUGCUUCGACCUAAUACACCAAAGCAACAUUUAGGUGUUUGCCAGCCAGCAAGGGGCCGCCGCCCCCCAAACAGAACUUUGGCUAUGCAGAAGGAAGUGUGCAACAUUGGUCAUGAUGGUUGGACAAAGAAAGUACUACUGGUGGAUGCAGCCCAGCAGACAGAUUUCCCAGGUGAGGUAUCCGGGCAUUUUUUUGGGGAGCCAGCCAGUCCACUACCGUGGAAGAACCGAACGAAGAGGCAAGGGGCAUCCAAUGCAGCCGAAAGCUACAGCGAUCGGGGCACCAGUGAAGCUGACAUAGACAGCGACAGUGGAUACUGUAGCCCCAAACAUAAACAGGCAGCAGGAGGAACACCUCGAACAGCAGAGAACUCCGCAUCAUCCACAGGAGUUGAGACUGGUGUAAUGACAACAGGUACAUGGGUAAAUUUCCACAGAGCAGACCAGAGGAAGAAUACCGAACAGAGUAACAGCUCAACGGAUUUUCGCAGUGCCUGUCCUGGGCGUGGUCUUCCAAACCAGUCGGAACAAAGACAGCAGCCAGUACUGGUCACACGUGACGAGAUCACUCCAGAGCCCCUUUACUUUGAAGAUGAAGAUGAGAGGGAUGAGUUCCCAGACCUACCCACCAGAGGUGGGGUCCAGCGCUGCUCCAAAGCAGAAGCACCUUCAGCACAAACGCAAAUGCAGCCAAAACUGCAUAGAAAUCUGCUAGAAAACCUAGCAGACAACUCGCCGAUCAACAUUGUGCAGACACCAAUCCCAAUUACCACAUCUGUUCCCAAGAAGGCCAAGAGCCAGAGGAAGAGGGCUUUGGCUGCUGCUAUGGCCACUGCUCAGGAAUACUCAGAGAUUAGUAUGGAGCAGCAAAAAUUACAGGAGGCUCUCACCAAAGCAGCUGGCAAGAAGAGCAAAACUCCUGUCACGCUGGAUUUAGGAGACAUGCUAGCUGAUUUGGCUAAACAGCAGCUGGCAAUGAAGGCCAAGCAAAUCACCAACACCAAGCCGCUAUCUUUCGCAGUUGGAACAACUAUGCCAUUCCACAGUACAGGCAGCUUGGCAGCUAUGUUGAAGGGUCAUCCUCAACCACACUUGGGCUCCCCUAACAUUCUGGAUUCAACUGCCCCGCGUAUAAAACGAGGGAAGGAGCGGGAGAUCCCGAAAGUCAAGCAACCAACACCUCUCAAAAAGAUUAUUCUUAAGGAGAGAGAAGACAAAAAAGUUAAAACAAGCAUGGCCCGAGAGUCACAUGGCCAAGAAGAGCAUGGGGAUGAUUGUUUACAUUUUACUGAAGAUCUUUCCCAAGAGCCUGUCUGUCAAGAAGAAAAUGGCCUGAGUGUACCCAGUGACACAUCCCUCUCCCCAGCCAGCCAGAACUCGCCAUACAGCAUCACCCCUGUAUCACAGGGUUCUCCUUCGAGCUCCGGCAUCGGGAGUCCAAUGGCUUCAAAUGCAAUCACAAUAAUCCACAGUCGUCGUUUCAGAGAGUACUGUAACCAAGUGCUGAGCAAGGAGAUUGACGAGAGCGUGACGCUCCUCCUCCAGGAGCUUGUCCGUUUCCAAGAACGUUUCUCCCAGAAGGACCCUAACAAGGCCAAGUCUAAACGCCGCCUCGUCAUGGGCCUCCGAGAGGUCACCAAGCACAUGAAGCUGCGUAAGAUCAAGUGCGUCGUUAUCUCUCCCAACUGUGAAAAGAUCCAAGCCAAAGGUGGUUUGGAUGAAGCUCUGUACAAUGUAAUUGCUAUGGCCAGAGAGCAGGGGAUCCCGUUUGUGUUUGCUUUGGGCAGAAAAGCGCUCGGGCGCUGCGUCAACAAACUAGUGGCUGUUAGUGUGGUUGGCAUCUUCAACUAUUCUGGAGCUGAGCGUCUAUUUGACCACCUCGUGUCGCUAACAGAAGAGGCCAGAAAGGCCUACAAGGAAAUGGUGUCAUCUUUGGAGCAGGAGCAGGCAGAGGAGGCUUUGAAACACGUCAAAAAAGUGCCGCACCACAUGGGGCAUUCGCGCAACCACUCCGCAGCGUCUGCUACCUCAUUUUGCUCCGUCAUCUCUGAGCCUAUCUCGGAGGUCAAUGAGAAGGAGUAUGAGACCAACUGGAGAAGUAUGGUUGAAAAUUCUGACAUGCCGGAGCCAGCGGAGGCCGAAAGAAGUGGCCCCUCCCCUUCCGUUUCGCCCCACAGAGACAAUGAGACCCCGGCAGUCCCAACAAGCGCCGUCCCACAGAGGGCGGCGCUCCCAACGCAGGCCCACGGCGAGCGGGAUGAGGUCCGCGCCGACGACCGCUUGGAGCUGGCCUCCCAGCAGAGCACCGAGACGGGCUCGCUGGAUGGCAGCUGCAGGGGCCCACUCAACUCCUCCAUCACCUCCACCACCUCCACCCUGGUCCCCGGCAUGUUGGAGGAGGCAGAGGAGGAGGACGAGGAAGAGGAGGACUACACGCCCGGACCCAUUUCCAUGGAGGUGCCCACCCUCAACAGCCGCAUCGAGUCGUGGGUCUCAAAGACCCUGGAGAACAUGCAGCUGGGGAAGAGCCAAGACAGUACAGAGGAGGAGGAGGAGGAUGAGGAGGAGGACGAAGAGGAGGAGGAGGAAGAAGAAGAGGAUGAGGAGGAGGAUGAGGAGGAGAGAGCACAAAGCGAGGACGAGGAAGGCCUUGUUUCAGACGCAAUUGCAAAUUGCAACUUGGAGAGCAAAGAGCAGGUGGAGGCCAAGGAGGUCACGGCCUGACAUUGUUUCUCCUCCUCCCCGUCUUCCUCUUCCCUCCGGUCUCUGCCACAUGUUCUCAUCCCCUAAAACCAGCAGCUGUUCUUGCAUCUCCACCGCCUGACACCAGACCUAAUCUUGCAGCUACCUAGGGCCUGAUUUACUCCACAUUUGAGUGUGCAUGGAAUCUGAUCGACUAACUGAUAACCAAUCUCUUCCACUUAUGUGAAGCCAGAAACAAAAGUUAUCGCGGCGUAUUGUCUAUUCAGCAAUGCACUAUUGGAGCUUCUUAAUCUCAGGCAGUGGGUCUCAAACUUUUCAUACCAAGUAUGACCAUCCGGAGCAGCAUUAGUAUACCCGCUGAAUAUCAGACCUAAGUGUUCAUCAAAAUCGAGGCAGUGGUUUAUUUGCUGUCGGGCAAAAUCCUCGCAUCUCCAAAAUCAUUACUUCUCAGCAAAUCCAAAAAACACUAUCUUACCUGAACACCACGCUGUUCAAGUUGCUAUUUUACUUUACUAUCACUAUUAUGUACAAUUAUGCACCAACAACAAUGACUGUUUACAUGCAGUAAAGUCAAUAACCCGUUCAAAACCGGAAUAUAGCCAUGUAAACGCCUGCAAAAACAGGAACAGGUUCAUAUUCCAGUUUUUUUAAAACCCGAAAAACACCCUUGGAGUAACUCCUUUACUAACUCGAAUAUUUGGUCGUAUCACCGCACUAUUGAAAUACCUCAGUUGAAAGGAACUUUGGUUUGUGUUCUGCGCAUGCUUUAUCCACAAGGAAUCUUGGGUCUUUUGAGUACAGGAAGUAUUUUUACGCACCGUGUCUGGCGUGCAAUGCACCGGAAAUACACAAGCAGGGG